AUGGUCAAGGGCGCAGCACGCCGCGAGUGGGAAAUUUUACGUCAUCGCGCAUUUCGUACUCCGACAGACUUUGGUUCUGUGAGGGCAAUUUUUGAACGGGUCUUUCACUUGAAGAAACGCUUCAGUCUACUUCCCGAAAACUUGACAGUUUGUCUCCUUCUCACAGAUCGAUCAUUGAAGAUUCGAACUUACAAGGCUGACACGCUUCCUUUUCCCGAUUUUUUUACAAGUCAUGAACGAUUCGUACUUGAAGUAGUUCCGGCGCAACGCCUCAUAAAGGGUUCGGCUGAGCUGACCAUUCAGCCCCUUCAUAAUAAACUGACAGGCAUUCGGAUCAACAGCCGUCAAUGCCAAAUCGUACAGACCUUUGUGAACAGUACACCCGUCGAACACACCUAUUCCGAUGCCGUAGCCGACUUAACGCUUGGAUCCAACACAACCAUCGCCCAUCAUCAAGUGUACAAAAGCAAAUACUUGAAUGCACUAAGAGAAGCGGACGAAGGAGAAUUGUUGAUCAGACUGCCAGAAGACAGCAUUAAACAGAUGUCCGAAUCCGAAGCCCAACUCAUAAGCAACGAUGUCUAUAUGCACAGCAGUGCCGAAAUGGGCGAGGACGGGACACCGCAGGACAAGAGUCUGUCUACACCGACUGUCGAUGCUGGACCAUCUUAUGCACCCAUUGUAGUGAGAGUCGAUUUUAUUCUGGAGAAUCCUCGCAUGGGAGUUGUGUUUGUUGAACCGGACGAGGAAGUAGCACCCUAUCGCGCUCCUCACGUAUAUACCGUAAACCAACCAUUACCGGGAUCAACACGUGCCUGGCUUCCUUGCAUUGAUCGAGUGUCGGAAAGAUGUACAUGGGAUAUGGAAUUCAUUGUUCCUCGUAAAAUGGGAUCGACAGCGGUGACAGAUUAUGAUGCCGAGAGUUCGCUUGAUGAAGAGGAUGCCACCGUGGUUGUAUGCAGUGGUGAAGUUGUUGAACAGGUCAUUUAUCCGUCUGAUAUAUCCAAGAAAAUUGUUCAUUACAGCUUAGCGGUCCCCACUGCGGCGCCAUUCAUCGGCUUCGCUAUCGGACCUUUUGAAAUGAUUAAACUAUCACCAUCUCAACUUCAAGAGGAAGUACUGACGGGCGCCGAUCUCGACGAAAACCAGCAGCAAAGUUUGAUGGCGGAAAUCAACAUGAUGUCCAACAUUUACGCUUUUGCGCUACCGGGAUUAGAUGAGGAAUUAAGCGUGAGCUGCAGCUUUCUGAUGCAUGCCAUGCAUUUCUAUGCUCAGGAAUAUGGCUCAUACCCAUUCUCCGACUAUAAGCUGGUAUUUGUGGAAGAUGCUUGGAGCGAAAUUACGUCCAGUGCCUCGCUGGCUAUUUGCAGCUCUCGUCUCCUUCAUUCGGCCGAUAUCAUUGAUCAGAUCUAUCAUACCCGUCGCAUGCUGAGUUUAGGCUUGGCAAGACAAUGGUUCGGUAUCCAUAUUGUACCUAAAUCUUGGCCGGAUACCUGGUUGGUGUGCGGAUUGUCCAACUUGAUGGGGUCCUUGUUUAUCAAGCGGCACUUGGGCAAUAACGAAUACCGAUUACGCAUGAAGCGAGAUAUGGAAUUAUGUUGUUCACUUGAUGUCAAUCGGCCGCCCCUUUACAAUCCAGCGCUUCCGAUACCUUUAGAUCCUGAAGAUUUGGAUUUCUUGGAACUGAAAGCUCCUCUGGUGCUGCAUAUGCUUGAUAAACGUAUGUGCAAAGGCGGCGGAACCCUUGGUCUUUCACGCGUUAUUCCCAAAAUCCUCGUGUCCGCCAUGAGUGGUGAACUUCCCCAAAAUGCCAUUAGCACACAUUACUUUAUGAAGCUGUGUCGGAAAGUGAGCGGAUUUGAUACCAAGAGCUUCGCCGAUCAAUGGGUGUACAAGAGCGGAUGCCCCAAGUUUACAUUCUCGUUUCACUUUAACCGAAAAAAAAUGGUGGUCGAGAUUUUUAUGCGACAGGAAAACUCCAAUGCGGUUAUCGGCAACGAAAGUCCAGUGAGUUUACUAUUGGAAGGCAGCAGCAGUCAGGAUCUCGUGACUCCCAUGUUCACGGGCAAUUUGACGGUGCGUAUCCAUGAAGCCGACGGUACUCCGUACGAGCAUAUUUUGGAUAUUCAAUCGACCAAACAUAAAUUUGAAGUGCAAUUCAAUACCAAAUACAAGCGUAUCCGUCGAAACACGAAACGGUUCUUGGCAAAGCAAGCUGCGGCGGCAGCGGCGGUGGCCGAGGAGGAAUUGGAAAAUGAAGACGGUGAAACAGGCACCACCAUGCUUGGCAUUAUUCCCAGUUUAGGCUUGGGAAUGCCGAUCUUUGAAGAUCCUACUCAACGUCAAGAUUGGCGGAUCGUCGAAUGGGGUCAAGACGAGGAAGAUACAAGUGGUGCUGCCAGUGCCAUGUUCGACUGGAUUCGUCUCGAUGCCGAAUUUGAAUGGCUGUGUACCAUGGAUUUUCAGCAACCCGAUUACAUGUGGGCAGCGCAACUUACCAAAGAUCGUGAUGUGGUGGCACAACAUGAGGCUAUUGAAGCACUGAAGCACAUGCCCUCGUUUCCGACGUCUACUAGUUUACUACGAGCUCUCAUGGAUCCUAAAUGUUUCUACAAAAUCCGUAUGGAGGCUGCUUAUGCGCUGGCAUCGUGUGCCACACCGUCUCUGGAUUGGGUUGGAUUGUUGCAACUGAACAAAAUGUUCCAAAAACGCUAUUGUUUCCCUGUCGGUUCAUCCCAUAUGGAAGUGGACGAUGAUAUUCCUAUGGAGCUGGCGAUCCCAAAACCCAACAACUUUUCCAAUCUGCCGGAAUACUUUCUACAGAAGGCUGUUGUCAUUGCGUUUUCCCAAGUCCGUGAUCAGCAUGGCUUAACGCCGCUAAAGAUUCGCCAAUUCCUGUUGGACCUCCUGAAAUACAAUGACAAUAUCGGAAAUGAGUUUUCGGACAGCUAUUAUAUCGCCACACUCAUCUCUGCUCUCGGAGAUUCUUUAAUUCCUGCUUCCGACGCCGAAAAUGCAUUGCAGUACGAUGACUUUGAAGGGGAAAAUGUACUGAUGGCUGCCAAAUCAGAAAUCGAACGUUUUCGCACACUGGACUAUGUGAUUCCGACCUACCAUAAUAUCGUGACCAUUACAUGUCUCAAGACAAUGGCCAAACUGAUGCUCAAUGGACUGAUGGAAGUAAACUUGGUGAUGUUUUUGCAAUAUACCCGCUAUGGCAAUUAUAUUCAAGUUCGCCUCACCGCCUUUGAUUGUCUCUUUGUGUUGAAAGGGUUGACGGAAAGCACAUUGACGCAAUACUUUUUAAGCGUGAUAAGAGAUGAUCCUUGCGUCUAUGUGUCACAUUACGUCGCUCGCGCCAUGCUGGCAUGGCUAGGCUUAGCAUUGAAGGACAAGGUGGACUCAUCGCAAAACCGAUUCAUUGAAGAAUUUGCCGAAGAAGAAGGACGCGUCGUCAUUGAUGAUGAUCGGCAAUCGUUCAAGAAAACCGCACAACAAGAAUUCCAAGCCAAUGUGGAAAAUCUCAGAAAACGAUUCGAACACAAUUAUCAGUUACAGCAAACCAUAUGGGAAAUGUUAAAUUCUCCCGAAAGCUCGCAUCUGGACCAUUGUACACGCAAAUAUCUGCUUCAGUUCUGUGAAUACAUGUACAAGCCAAUCGACGUGGGAUUGAAAGUCACCAUUCGAGUGCCUUCCUUACAGACCACGGAUUCGCCAGAUGAUAUAUCAGAACCUCAAACCCCCACCCCGCCGAUCAUUCGUCUUCACAAACCCAAAACGGUCUCACGAAAAGAAGGCGAAAAAACUACGAAACCCAAAAAGGCAUCGACAACGAUUCACAUCAAAACCGAAGCUGCUGCCGAGAGUACUGUUCCUGCAAGUGGACCAUCGGCUACACCUAGUAUUCCGAAAACACCGCCUUCUACUGUCGUUUCCACUACUACGACCGCGACCGCCCCCACCCCGGCUCCUGCUACAACGGUGGCCAUGGAAGCGCCCGUGGCCUCAAAAGCUCAAGUGAAACCCACCCCUACACCCAAGUUGGUGAUCAAAAAGGGCGAAGGUAUGCCCUCGGACGAGGCUAAAAAGGCUCGCCGUAUUCUCAACAAACUUAUCAAACACCGAUCUGCCAUUCCUUUCUUGCAACCUGUGGAUGAAAACCUCGAUGGCGCUCCCGAUUACUUCAAGAUCAUCAAGCGACCAAUGGAUCUUGGCACCAUCAAGAGCAAAAUGGAGAAUCGACGCUACACUUCAUUCCGGCAAUUUGAGGAUGAUCUUCGGUUAAUGUUCAGCAAUUGUUUUGCGUACAAUGGACCUGGUACCUUUGUUUAUAACGAGUGCCAGACACUGGAGGCUGUCUUGGAGAAAGAACUGGCGAAUAUUCGCGGUAAAGAGCCCGAGGAAACACAAAAUAUGACGAUCGUUGAAAGUCCCGCCCCAUCGCCCCGGUUGAGCCAUGCACCCGCCAUUGUGCCACCUAAACCGCCGAAACCUUCAGCAGAGCCGUCUAGGCCCGCUGCACCCACGGAGAAGGCGACAGUACCCGCCUCGAAGUCGGCGAUUCCUGCAACUGCUUCAGCUCAAGCUUCAACAUCAUCCCCUGUUCCCGUUUCAGCUACCCCAACUACGCCAGCUACAUCAGCGGCGACAGCGACUCCUGUAUCUUCGGCAAGCCCGUCCAUGCCGCCUAAGAAACCCGAGCGUGAAGAAACCGACAGGGAAAAAGUUCACACAAUUCUGCGAAAAACCAUGGAAAAUCAGCAUGCCUUUGAAUUUUUGCGACCUGUGGAUCCUAUCAAACAAGGUAUUCCUCACUAUCUGAACAUUAUCAAGAAACCGAUGGAUUUGGGUACAGUCAAGGCGAAGUACAAAACGGGGCAAUACAAAAAAGCGCAGCAAUUUGAUGAAGAUGUGCGGUUGAUGUUCAGAAACUGUUAUACCUUUAAUCCUCCCAACACGUACGUAUACAAUGAAGCGAAAGCACUCGAAGAAGUCUACAACAAGUACUGGCAAAUGUACUAUGGUGCUCCUACAGCGGCCGCUUCAGAAAAGAAGUCGGAAUCCCCCGCUGUUAUUGCCAAACCUCCCAAGCCCGCCACUGCCAAGCCAGCCACUACCCAGCCAGCACCUACCAAGCCAGCACCUACCAAGCCCGCCGCUCCCAAGCCAGCAGCACCUACAAAUACUACUGAGCAAGCACCUUCCUCUGUCGCCCAAGAAGCGCCUAAACCAAAAGCUGCUCCUGCUCCUAAACCUUCGGCGCCCAAGCCUGCUGCUAAACCUUCGGUGCCCAAGCCUGCUGCACCCGCAGAUCCUCGUAUGGACAGCAAUAAUCACAAACGUUGUGACCGUAUUCUGAAGAAGCUGUGGCAGCAUCAAGCUUCGCAACCAUUUUAUGAACCUGUCGAUGCGGAAGCUUUGGGAAUUCCUCAGUAUCAUGAGAUUAUCAAGCGACCCAUGGAUCUGUCUGCUGUGCGUAAAAGUUUGGAGGAGAAUCGAUUUGCAACCAUCUGGGACUUUGAAACCGAUGUACGACAAAUCUUUUGGAAUUGUUACCGGUUCAAUGAUGCUGCUUCUUGGGUAGCGCAACAGGGCCGUGCUUUGGAGUCCUUCUUCAAUCAAAUUUGGUCAGCAGAAUUUGCGGAUCCGAAUGCGCUGAAAGGAGAUGAGAAACGGUUGGCGCAAAAGAUUGUUAACAAGCUCAUGGCUCAUGAAGCAGCUGGAUUUUUCAACGAGCCUGUGGAUACCGAUCUUAUUGCAGACUAUGGCAAGAUCAUCAAGUCACCCAUGGAUUUACGUACGAUCUCUGAAAAGUUGGAAUCCGGGAAAUACACCAGCUUGACUCAAGUGGAUGCCGAUAUCCGUCUGGUGUUCAGCAACUGUUUCAUUUACAAUGCCCCCGUCACCUUUGCUUACGAACAAGGGAAGCGACUCGAAAAAUAUUAUCAUAAUGCGGGCCGUGAGUUACGUAACAAAGUCAAGGAAAUGAAUGGGACAGCUCGCCGAAUGUCCAACUCGCCUUCUCCAGCGGCGAUGGCCAUGCCUUCCAAACCUGUGGCGGGAUCCAGCUCGGCCAAGACACCCAAAACCGCCAUGGGACCUAGCGCUGAAAGUGCGAAAAAACCCAAAGCAAACAAAACGCCGUCUGUCCCGGUUUCAAGCACCAACAAGACGCCGUCAGAAACGCCAUCGCAAGGUCUUCAUCCGGCUUUGGAAGCCAAACUGGUAUCCUUUGUCAAUAAGCUUAUGAACAACAAAGCCGCACUGGGUUUCUUGGAACCGGUGGAUCCUAUUGCGCUUAAUAUCCCUCAUUACUCUUUGAUUAUCAAGCAACCCAUGGAUCUUGGGACAUUAAUGAAAAAACUGAAGAGUGGCGCUUACAAGUCAGUGCGCGAUUUUGAGACGGACACUCGACUGAUUUUCACCAAUUGCUACACGUUUAACGGGUUUGAUCAUCCAAUCUCGCACAGUGCCAAAACACUGGAGACGAUCUUCAACAAAGAAAUUCCGAAUUUACGGCGAAAGGAAGAACAGUUAAAUGCAGAGGCAACUGCGUCUCCCUCACCGUCUCCUGCUCCCGCCAAUGGCACAAAAACAUCGAAACCGGCCCCUGCCAAACCAAGGGAAAAAUCAGCUUCAGCCUCCCCGAAUCCUGUGAAAAACGAACUACGAAAAUACAAAUCCGUGCUGGAUAAACUUCAGUCCCAUCCGUCUUAUUAUGCGUUUGGUGCGCCAGUGGACCCGGUUCUUUUACAAAUCCCUAUGUAUUUUGAUAUCAUCAAGAACCCAAUGGAUUUUGGAACGAUCCGCAAGAAAAUGGAAGAUUCUGAAUACCGAAGUACUGAAGCACUCCUUAAAGACGUGGAGCAGGUCUUUGUGAAUUGUUACUUGUUCAACUUGUCCGAUGAUAUCGUGUAUCAGAUGGGCAAAGAACUUGAAGCGCGAUUCAACAAACUAUGUGCCGCCAAAGGAUUAAAAGGAGUUCACGUGAGCAUGGAUCCACCACCUGCCAUUAAACGUGAAGCGGAUAUUGAUAUGGAAGAGGAGGCCAUGUUGCUGAAAAAACAAAGACUGUGA